CUUUGGACUUCCGGGUGUGUAUAAACAGGUUGCGAGCGGAGUCGGCUUGUGAAGAUGUCUAAAGUAACGUUUAAAAUCACCCUGACGUCGGACCCCCGGCUGCCAUACAAAGUACUAAGUGUCCCAGAGAGCACACCGUUCACAGCGGUUUUGAAGUUUGCAGCUGAGGAGUUCAAAGUGCCAUCAGCAACCAGUGCAAUAAUAACAAAUGAUGGAAUAGGCAUCAACCCCGCCCAGACAGCAGGGAACGUGUUUCUAAAACACGGCUCCGAGCUUCGCCUCAUUCCCAGAGACAGAGUGGGAGGACAAGGAGACUGAUGCUGCUUUUCCUAGUUGACGGCAUAAUGACUCACCCAGCAGAAUCAUAUAACUCUUGAGACCCAGGAAACACCUCAGUGUGUGUCUUAUUUAUUUUCUGGCCCACAACUGACAGUGACUCACAUGAGAACAUAUAUAUAUUUAAACUUGAUGAUGACAUGCACAUACUCUUGCUCCCUGCUGCUUCAUUCUCAGUCAAGGGUUUUUUUUUCAUCUGUUAAUGUAGUUUCAUUAAAAGAUUGGAAUGAUGUCAAGAGUACCCAGAAAUACAGAGUAAUUGAUAUACACAGACACAGCAGCUGCAUCCUGGAAAAAAAUUUAGCUAAGAUUACGAAACAGCUGAGUCAAGUUAUAGUUUUGUAAAUGAAAAUAAACAGAGCAACUAACAGUACAUGCCUAUUUUGCAGUGUUUACUUUUGUUCUAAAUAGCAUUGUGAAUAUGGUAGUGUGAGAGAUGAAGCUUUUUUUUAUGUUCAACAUGCUGUGAAGGACCAUUGUGGGUAUAUUAUGUGGCUGUUGAUGCAGGUAAAAUGUCUGUUCACAUUAGUUAUUCUUUCUUUUUUUUGUCAGGCACCUGUUGUCAGAGGAGUAUUCCUCAAACACAAAAUAACUAGACUGUACUAAACUUUCACUGUGGACCAGAUUGUUCCAUAACAAGAAGGACGCAUGUGCAGAUUAAAAUAUUUUGGCUAAUGUAAAGAAAUGUUUGUUCAGCUGCCAAACUGUGCAGGAACGUGGAUCUUUGCUGCCCUCUGGCAGGUUACAUUUUACCAUCAGUUUACCAUCACCCAAAUGCCUUGCCUUUGCAUUCCAAACCAUGUUUAUGUCCCGUCUUCAUACAAUAAAUAGAAAAUGAUUACCCCAAGUAAUAUAAACUUUUUAACAUGCACUGCUAGUUUAAUUAGGUGCUGAGGAGCAGGUGGUGAGAAGAGAGGGCAGGCAUCCAAAGAGCUUAAAUUGAAAUGCAGAGGCCCCAGAUUGUCACAAUAGAUAUCACAGAGGUUCAGCUCAGCCAAUACAUAAAACACUGUUUUUCAACUGGGAAAUAAAUUAAGUGUUUAAUUGCCA